AUGCAGUGCACCUGUGUGAAGGAGUUUAUUGUUGCUGAGGGCCACAGCUGCUGUAUCUCUCCUUUAUUGUAUGAGAUGGUUUGGAUACCCUUCAUUGUGUCAAUAGACGGUAUUCACUUUGACACAUCUGGAGACUACUUAUCAAAUUUGUUGUUUUUCUGCUGUGUUUAUCCCAAUAAAACGGACCCUGCUUUUGAAAUCACGCAGGUGAAUGCAACUCAGUGGCAAUACUACAGCACACCUAACAUGGUAGGACAGCUUAAAAGGAUGUGGAACAGCUCUUUGAUUGAAGCACAGAAUGUGAACGUAUAGCUGUGGGGUUACAGAGAGUUCAGCAGGAGCACAGAGGCUGGGACGAACCUAUCAACCUCCCUGCAGACUGAGCUGAGCUAUCUGUACUCUCUGGGCAGGAAUAUGCCCAACACUGCUUCAUUCAGCUUCAUCCUGCCGCAAGAAACAGGUGCCUCAGGUGCUGUCCUCUGGGAUCCACAUUUCAUAACAUUUGACAACCUCAGCUACACAUUCAAUGGUGAAGGAGAGUACAACCGUGUCUUUGCAGACAGAGAGCUGAGUGUUCAGGCCAGAACAGAGUAAGUGAAACUUACGAACGGUACCCUGGCCAAAGCCACACAACUGUUUGUGGCUGUGAAGGAGAAUGCCUCUGAUGUUAAUGAGAUGCACUUAGCAGAAACCUCAAUAAGUCCUCAAAAUGUGACAGAAGUGUUCUCGUCUGGUGUUGGUGUGGAUGUUCAUGUGUAUGAGAGAACCGUGGCAGUGAUGAACUCUCACUCUUCAGAUGACCUGUCAAGCCAACUGAGAGAGUACAACUCAAAAUACCUGUUGUACUAUUUCCCACCGACCCACAACCCUGCUUUUGUUCCUGGUUUUAUUCGACCUGAGAGACCUGGUGACCGUUUAGUGACAGACAUGUUGUGAAUGUGCUUUGGAGAAAGAGCAAAGUUCUGUAAAUAUGACGCCCUUUCUGCUUGCAGCUUUGCUAUGGGAAACAUCACGCUUGCAGCUUUCCAAAAUCACCAGAUCAUCAUGGAAGCUCUGGAACGAGGGGUGUCUUGUGGCUGGCAUCUCAAACCCAGGAAUGGGAAGAAAAAGGGGACACAUUAUCCAGAGGGAGACACCCUAAACUACUUCUGCAAUGAUAACUCCAUGUUGCACAUUUCAACACAGUGCACUUGUCUGGAUGAUGGGACUUGGACAGGAGAGGAACCCUACUGUAUAACAGAUGAUAACGUGGGGUUUAUACUUGGCGCUGGUGGUUUCCUUUCAGCGCUGAUCACAAUGGGAGUGAUGGUGAAACUACACAACAGGAAACAAGUCAGGCCCUAUAAAUCCUCCACCACCAACAUGGAAUACUACUAUAAAGACAUGUCGCUCUAG